AAACUUUUUUACAAAUGUCAAAGCAAACGUGAGAUUUAGGUUAAGUUUUUGCGUAUUAUUGUAAGAAAAUGGAUAUAGUAAAUGAAAUUUUAGAAAGAGAGCAAAAGAAAGCCGAGAAAUAUAAACCAAUAACCGUUGAGAAACAUUUAGAUGUCGAGUUCGAUGUUGGAACACUUCUUGCUUCGGACACAAAUGACUUGGAUUUAAAAGUUUUACAACGUGACAAUGAAAGAGACAAGUAUUUGGAGGCAUUAACCAGAGAUAAUACACAAUUAUUAUUAAAUAAAGUAUGGGAACUACCUACUGAGAGAAUAGAUGAGGCGAUAGUUGUAAGACUGCCAGUGCCUAAAACUUUACUGCCUCGGUCUAAGCCGGUGCCUAAGCCUAAACCUCUGACUAAAUGGCAAGAGUUUGCUAAAGCAAAGGGUAUUACAAAGAAAAAGAAGGACAAAGCACAGUGGGAUGAACAGUUACAAAAAUGGGUACCAUUAUUUGGAUUUAAGAAAGCCGCAGCUGAAAAAGAGAAGAAUUGGCUCAUAGAAGUACCACAGAAUGCUGAUCCAAUGACAGACAUGUAUGAAAAGAAAGCUAGUGAAAAGUCAGAAAAGGUGGCCAAGAAUGAACUGCAAAGACUUAAGAACAUUGCCAGAGCUAGGAAAGUAAAAAUUCCUAGAGUUGGAAUACCUGUGACAUCUGAUAAAGCUAGUGCAACACAGCUUGCAACAGCAGCAGUUGUAGCGAAGGCAUCAACAGCAUCUCUUGGUAAAUUCCAAGACAAACUACCGAAAGAAAAGGAGGCGCGCGGAAAAGGUAUUCAUGAGUUAAUACCUGGCAAAGAGAGGAAACGUAAAGCACCAAUACCAACACCUCAACAAGAGAAACAAAAUAAUUUGAAUCUUAUUGACAAAAUAUUGAAUAAGAGACCCAAAAUUGAUAUGGAGAAGGCUGUCGCCAAACACAUACACACUGAACAAAUACAGAGGUCGGAAGAAAAGAAAACAGCUAAACCGAGUAAAGGAAAACGCAAAACCAAGGGAGUCAAUGCUACGAAUUUCACAGCCAAGAAACCUAAAGCUGGCAAAGGACAAAGAAAUCCUAACAAAAAAGCCACUGGAAGAAAGAGGAGAUAAAAUUGUUCUUACAUAAUUUGUUUGGUAAUA